GCUAGGGGAGCAGCCGGGGUCGGGGGGCACCAGCCGGAUGGCAGGUAAACGGUUGCAGGAAUGGGUUUCUGUUAUCCUUUGCAUAAUCUUGGUCACAGUUGACUUUCUGCUCCUGUUAAUCCAUUUUUCAGCAAAUCAUCUUUAUAAAAUAAUAGCAGGUGUAGUUGCUGGAAUUAUUACAGCUGAUUUUGCCUCAGGCAUGGUUCACUGGGGAGCUGAUACCUGGGGUUCCGUUGAUAUCCCUGUCAUUGGCAAGGCAUUUAUCAGGCCAUUUAGAGAGCAUCAUAUUGAUCCAACAGCAAUAACCAGACAUGAUUUCAUUGAGACCAAUGGAGAUAACUGUUUGAUAACCAUAAUUCCACUGGCCUUCAUGUUACAUAAAUUCCUUUCUCAAACACCAGAAUAUAUACAUGAGACAUAUGCUUGGGAGUGCUUUGUGUUUGCACUAGCUAUUUUUGUCACAAUGACUAAUCAGAUUCGUAAGUGGUCCCAUUCCUACUUUGGGCUGCCUCUGUGGGUCACCGUUUUGCAAGAUCUGCACAUCAUUUUACUGAGGAACCACCACAGAAUCCAUCACGUAGCACCCCAUGAAACCUAUUUUUGCAUCACUGCAGGCUGGCUAAAUUACCCCUUGGACAGAAUAGGAUUUUGGAGGAAAAUGGAAAAUAUUAUAGAAGCAUUAACAGGUCAGAAACCUCAAACUGAUGAUUUACAGUGGGCAUGGAAGAUGCAAUAACGCACUCUUAAAAAAAAAAAACUAAUGUGUCAUCUACAGGAAACAAGCAUCUCUUUAGCACAAUGGAUUUUAGCACAAUGUAUUAUGAAAACUUUGAAAUUCUGCAGAGCACUGUUUGCAAUGUCACAGAAGAAUUUGAUGAUUUGCCAGCUUGGAUAUCUUUAAGAGUUGAAACACAAUGAUAUUUGGAACAUACAAUCAUUGAAUGUAAUUGCUAAUCUUGAUUGGUUUUAAGAGACUAUUAUGCCUGAUGUUGUAUUUAUUAGGAUGUGUGUAUCCUGUUACUGUACUUGGGUGGAUACUCACAAUGCAUCAGACUUCAUAAAUGUACCCAGAAAAAAAUAAGAUAUUUGGCUUCAGUGUAAGUAAGAUACAUAAAUUGUCUUUGUGCCAUUGUUUACUGAAGCGUUUGUAUUGUUUAAUUUGCAUGAUACAAUGUUUCGGGAUAGGGCUAAGGAUUAAUUUGACUAGAUCUUUAUUU